AUGCUACGAAGUGUAUUUCCUGCCUUGCGCAGUAUACGGCUAGUGUCAACACCGUGUUAUAAUGCUGCCAGGAACAUUCUUUAUCAACCAAGGAGUUUUGCAACUCUAAGCAAAGUGAGCAACAAUUGUGCAUUACCACAACUCAAAAAUGAUUCUCUUGUAAAUAAUCGACAAAUUUUGGAGAUAUCAAAGAAUAUAGUAGUGGUUCCAGCGAGAACUGUAAUAAAGUUUAGCUUACAGAAAGGCAAACGAAAAUCUGUUAAAGCUGUAGUUAAAAGAUUCUUCAGAUUGCACUGGGGUGGAUGGAUAAGAACCAAAAUUGGAAGGCAUAAAAAGUUAUGGAAAAAAUCAUCAAAACAAAAGCGUAGAUUACGCCAACAUGUAUUUUGCAAUGCAACACAGAAUACUUUGCUUGAUAAAAUGGUAACAAGAUACUGGAAAAAGCCGAAAUAUUAUGUUGAUGAUCCUUAUGCUCCUUACCAUACAAGAGAAGAGAAUUCCCCAUCACAAGAAGAAAACCAAGAGAUAUUUAUUAAGCAAUAUUUGUGA